AUGUUACAAGUUGUACCUUUACUACCUGUAAGAAAAAGCAAUGACAUGGAAUAUUCAGAAGAUUUUCGCAUAGUUCAAACUACAUUGAAUCAUUGCAACGAAUUUGUGAAGAAAUUCGAUAAAAUUCAAUAUUAUGGAGGCAAUGAAGUUUAUGUUCAUGAAGUUGCUGAAAGGUUGAAGAAUGUCUUUCUCUCAAACUCAUGGUACAAUGUGGAAUUCAAUAAUAAACUGCGCAAAGUUACUCUCCUGUUAAUGCUGAACACCGACGUUCAAUUUCCUCAUAACUUGACCGAAGAUUUUAGAAUUUGUCAUCUUUUGAAUAAUUUUGCUCAACUUUCAAAAUGUUUAUUGAUUCAUUUAUUGUGGAAGUUAAAGUUGGAUACAUAUUUCUAUGAAUCAAUUAAAUAUUCACCAUCAUGGUUUCCUUUGCAAUUUUUUGAUGAGACUGCCGAUAGUUUGAGAUUUUCUAAACCAUAUGAAACAAUAGAGCGAGUGAAAUGUAUCGUAGAAGCUGUUUAUUUCAACAUUUGCCGAAUGGAUUCAAGACUUAGAGCUCACUCAGCUUCAACUCAACUAGUUGAACAGAAAACAAUUCUUAAUAUGUUUGAAGAUCAUGUGAUGACUUUGCUAAGAAAUUACAACACUCCAGACUUGGAUGAAUCGUUUAAACAUUCAAAGUUAAGCAAAUAUAUGGGACAUUCUUUAAAUUGUCAACUAUCAUUGAUUCAUGAAUGUUUCAAAUUGUUCCAGAAGAAACCUUUUGUAAUAAGCGAGGAGUUUCAUAUUUUCAAAUUGCUCGAGGAAAUGGAACCUGAAAUCAACAAUUUCCACCAAACUUAUCCAGCACAUAUAAACGAGUGCCUGUCGAAUAUUAACGUCGCAUUGUUGAACACUUUGCAGAAUAGUGUAUUGAAUGUAACACUUUUUGAUUUUAUGAAUUGGGUGGAAGUUGACAUUGAAGAUAAUUCAAAGGAAAAUGAAGACUUGAAGCUCGACAACUUACAAAAAUCUGUUGGUGUAUUAAGUUACAAUUUAACUCAAUUGAUCAACAACAAUGAAUGUUUCCAACAUGAUGUUGUGAAGCAACUUGAAAGCAUUGCAAUCAAGCCAAAGACUUUGAAAGAUGUAACAAGUGAAGCUACAGUUGGAACAGUUCUAAGCAAGAUUGAAUCGUCUUGUGAUAGAAGAGCUUGGUUGGAAGAACUUCUUGAUCGACCUGACACUCUUUAUUGCAACUCUGAAUGUUUACAAACAAUAAUUGAAAACAUUGAUAUUGUUCAGUUUAAACAUCUUUCUGGAAUUAUUCAAGAUCAUCAGAAUUAUGGAGAAAUGGACGCGGAAGAUGAAAAUCGUAUUAAAGAAAUUUUGUUUUUGGGAAGACAAAAUUUGGUGGGAUUGGAAUUGAGAGAUUUUACCGAGUUGAUGAUACGUUCUUUUGGAAUUGAUUACAAUUUAGAAAUGAAUGAAAGCAAUGCCGAUUACUCUUCAAAAAUGAUGAAUUAUCAGAAUAAAUUAACAGAUAACAACAUCGAUGAAUCAACGAUGUGGAAAUUGCUUGCAGUUAAUCCAACAAGUUUCUAUCAAAUUCUUUUCUCUGAUGUUACAAAUCAGGACUCAACUCAAAUCAAUAUUUUACUUAACAUUUUGAGUGAAACAAAUUCAGUCGCUGUUGACUACGUUAAGAAUCUUGUGAAAAUGAAUUUGGAAAGUUUAUCAUCAGAUUCUUCAUCUAAAUCGUUGUAUCACAUGUUUCUGUUGGGAUUAUACAAAUUAAAUUUAUUUGAUCGAAAAGAAUUUAUUCGCGAUGUGAUUAUGAACAAUUUAGCACAAGCAAUGACCAACGAUCAUUUGAACGUGGUUUUAAUUCUUCUUAAAACUUUGAAUCAAAUUGCAACACGUAUGAAAGUUGAAGAAUUAAUGUCACCACUUAUCAUUCUUCUUGCUCAAAUUCUUGAUAAAUAUCGCUGGGAUCUUUUAAGUUUCACUCAGCAAAAGGAAGUCAUUGUUGAAACGUCAAUUGCUGUCAUUCAAGAUUUCAUGAAAACUCUUCUUGUUCAUGGUUCGAUGAAAGACAAAACUUGGAUUUCAUCAAAAAUAACAAAUAAUAAAGCAACGACAAAGUUUUACUUUCAAAAGCUUUCAUUGGAAAAGAAUGCGUCAAUUAUACCAUUCGAGAACUUUAUCCAUCCGGAAGGAUUCGAAAAGAUGGCUAAAAGCAAAGUGACAACUUUUCUAUGUGAAACAAUCGUGCGUUGUACGUCAAAAGAAUUCAAAUGGUUGAUGACUAAUCAACUGCUACAAUCAUUCAUAAUUGAUGCUUUAAUUGUAGUGUCAGUGAUUGUCGCCAAGUCGAAGAAUCGCGAUUCAUCAAACUGCUUGCACAAAUGCAUUUCGAACUACAUAAAAGUUUCUAAGAAUUUAAUUAUUCCAACACUCGAAGGGAAAGAUCAACGUGAAAGUUACUUCUCUGACAUCAUUAAAUUGAUUCGAAAAUUUCCAGAAGAAUCUUUUGAAGAUCUUACAAUUUUAUUUAUAGAUUUCUUAAAAUUAUUUAAUGAUAUUGAAAACUUCCGAUCAUCUUUAGACCAGAUUCGGGAUUGUGAAAUGAAAAGAAUUAUUCUGGAAGAAUAAAGAUGUGAUUAAUAAACGUUUCCGAAAUUUCUUUUUAACAUUUCAUUUACGACCUUUCUCAACGUGCAUUUAAAAGCCAACGAACUUUGUGAUGAGAGUUGAAGAACGAAAAUGUGCAAUGUCGAAAAUUCUCUCAUCUUCUUAUCAGCUUUUGACAUGCCUCCAAAAUAAUUUCAGUUCUCUUUCUCAGUCGUUCAUCAGCUGUUGUA